AUGCCGCAUCUAAACACCGCGAUAGACAAAAUCUGGGAAGCUGUAAUUUUAAUGGAAGACAUCCCAGAACCACCAAACAUGGGAAAUGAGACACCACCAGGGAGAAGAAGUAGAGAAUUAUGUGCUUACCAUCGUUUCCUCGGUCACACCACCAGUAAUUGUAGAAAUGUGAAGAAAAUUACACUCAGAAUGAUUGAUCAGGGGAAGCUAAACCAUUUUCUAGUGCGACCACAACAGAAUCUACCACCACCACCAGAAGGGCAUGCACAAGAUGUGGAAACAAGAAGGCACACCUAUCUGAUUGAAGUAGGUGCGAAGGCAAAGAACUUAUAUUGCAAUUCGAUUAUAUAUUCUUUCAGAAGCAUAAAAUAUUUUCACGAUAAUGUCCUAAGACGAGUUUAUACAAGAGAUAGUGAUAGAAGAGAGAUACUCAACCUGGCCAAGGUAUCACCACUAAAAGAUAGGCAGAAACAACCUAUUUCUUUUACCGCAGAAGAAAUACCAGGAGGUGCAGAACAACACGAUAUCCCAUUAGUGGUUAAGUUGGAAAUCAACCCAAAUACAAAAACUGAUGAAGAUGCGGAGGAUGACGCAAAUACAUGGGCUAUAAAUAGAAUACUGAUAGAUCCUGCCAGUUCAGUUAAUAUAUUGUUCUAUCACACAUACAAAACUAUGGGUGGAAGGGAUGAGAACCUCAUCCCAUCAACUUAUAAGAUAUACAGUUUCAACGGUACAACCAAUAAGCCAAAGGGAGAAAUAACGAUGCGAAUUCCUCUAAAGAGCAUAUUCACAGAAAUAGUGUUUUGCGUUGUUGAUGUCGAAUCUCCGUAUAAUGCUUUGAUAGGAAGACCUUGGUUACACAUCAUUUUGGGUGUGGAUUCGACCUUCCAUCAAUGCAUCAAGUUCGCAUUACCUCAAGGUGUAGGAAUAAUAAGAGGAUAUCCGAUCGAGGGAAAGAACUGCCACGAGAUUGAUGUUGACAAAAGCGAAGAACGUGCAAGUAAGCGAAGAAAUUGGAAAAGGUAG